AUGUCCGCUCCGGGACAGAGCGUCGCCGGUGCAGGUCCCAGUGCCGGCGCGCCAGCCUAUUUCCAGGCGCUGCUCGAGCGUGGGACGAAACGAAAUGCCCACGAGGAGCCUCAACUUCAGCUCGGACUCGGCGACAUUGCGAAGAAAGUGCGCAACCUGGGCAAAGGCUUCACAGAUGCGCGGGCGCAUUAUCUGCUGUCCGCGUCGGGCGUCAACACCAGCCAGGCUCUGCGCGAUCUGGACGAUCUGGUCGGGCCUCGCGCAUCACAACCUAUCCCUACAGAGGCACCGACUGCUGCAGUCAGGGAGACUCUGGCGCAAGGACACCAGAGUGAUUUCCAGAAGAUGGUCGAGAGCCACAUUGCGCGCGCCCACGACGAUUUCGACCAGAUGAUUGAAGAGCGGUUGCACGGGGUAGACUGGGACGCGCAUCGCCAACGAAUCUACGAGCAUUUUGGGCUCAAGAGGCCGCAAGCAGAGGACGAUGCUACAGCAGGAGCUAUGAAUGGCGCAUCGGUGGGAGGAGCCUCCGCUUUUGGACGAUCGUCGCGACGCGCUCCCCGCACAUCCACCACCGCAGGGAGGUCGACCUUUGGAAUGUCAGGCAUGGCAAAGUCGGUGAUUGGCAGUACGGGAAGAGGCGGACGAAGCAGUGUCUUUGGUGAUGUGGCGGAGAAGAUGCCCGCUGAAGGCUUCCGUCCGGCCCCGGAAGAUGGCAUGCUGCGCAGGAAGCAGGAGAAAUACUCGGAUCGGGUCAAGGAUCUCAACAUCGCGCGGCUGCAGGAGAAGGUCUAUCCCAUCCUGACCAGGUUUGCAGAAGUUGAGGCCGAGCCGUCGAAUGAGGAUACAUCCAUGCUGCUCAACGCCUACAAGGCGCUGGUGCAGAUCACAGGAGAGGAUGCCACAAAGGAGAAUGUCUCGGAGCCUGGCGUCGUCAAGGAGCGUCAAUACAUGCAAGGAUAUCUCGACGAUGCCGAAAAUUCGCCCGGUAACAUCGCCGUUCGCAAACGCAUCCUCGUCGGGUCGCGGAAGUUCCUUGAGCAGCUCUUCCUCAACCAGGUUGAAGCUGUCGUGACCAAAAACCCCCGUGAGGCCAACACGGGAGGUGUCCCAACCGCUCUUGCGAAAGCCAAGGGCUACGUCAGGGUACGGGCUGCUCGAAAAGAACUUGGUCCUGACGUUGAGGUGUUGCAAGACAUCAACGGAGACUACUGCUGGGCCGUCAUCUUCUACCUCCUCCGAUCCGGUCUCUACACAGAAGCUUUGCAGUACGUCGAGGAAAACGAUCGCGCCUUCAGACAGAUCGAUCGUCAGUUUACCCGCUACCUCAAGGCAUACGUCAACAACGAUGAGCAUCGACUCCCAGUCGACAUUCAGACAUCCAUCAGCAACGAAUACUCGCAGCGACAACGCUUGGCGCCCGAAAGCUCCAUCGAUCCCUACCGGAUGAUGUGUUACAAGGUCGUCGGUAGAUGUGAUCUUGGGCGGCGAAGUUUGGACAACAUCACCAACGACAUGAUGGACUGGAUCUGGCUGCAAUUCUCCCUCGCACGAGAGUACAACCGUGUAGACGAGUUUGCGCACGAGGCAUUCAGUCUUGCAGAAGUCCGACAAUCCAUCAAGGACAUUGGCGAGCGGUACUUUGGCCCUGGUAGUGACAUUGCCAACGCACACACGACCUUUUUCUUCAUGCAGGUCCUGGCUGGUAUGUUUGAGAAGGCAAUCGCCGACUUGUAUCCCCACAACUACCUUUCUGCUGUUCACUUUGCCAUUGGACUAGACUUCUACGGACUUCUUCGCGUUAGCGAUAUCAGCAAUAGCGAAGAUCUCCUCACAUACACCACUCGCCAACAAUCACAGAUCGCGUUUGGCAGUAUGAUCGGCCUUUACACACGCGACUUCCGGACCGCCAACGCCACCGCUGCCAUUGACUACAUCACCCUCAUCUGCCUCAACGCCGAUCUACAAGGCGACAUUGGCAAGGCCCAACGAGAGCUGUGCCACCAAGCUCUGACAGAAGUCGUCCUCGAAACACGCGAGUUCGCACAGCUCCUUGGCGACAUUCGUGCCGACGGCCAACGCAUCAAAGGAGCUAUCGAACAACGCCUCCGGCUCAUCCACAUUGACAAUGAGCGCGAGUUCCUUAAGCACAUUACCUUGGUUGCCGCCCGAACAGCAGAGGAGCAUGGCCGGRCGACUGACGCAGCACUGCUCUACCAUCUUGCUGAGGACUACAACAAAGUGUUUGCCGUCGUCAACGAUGCCCUGUCGCUAGCGCUCACGACUGAGAUGGGCGACCAACCUGCCCGUCUUAUCUCGCUCCGGCCCAGAAACACGGACAAUGCGUACAACAACCAAUCACAAGACGCAGUGCAAAGCUCUCUCAGUCUGACAGCGAUCGACGACCCAGUCCAACUCGCCAAAGACAUCAAAUCUCUCUAUAACUCCGACGCUAUGUACCACACACGAAUUGACCGCAAACACUCCGAYGCAUGCGACGUGCUACUCCUACUUGCGCAAGCCCGCACCGCCCUCGACGCAGGACGAUGGGCAGCUGUCAUCGAUGCUGUCACGUCCUCCGAUGUUCUUCCUACGGAUGUCAGUGGAAAUAUCAGCGCCAUUCGCAGCAAAGCACAAGCAUUCGAAAUGAUGCCCACAGUUGUGCAGAGAGUCGUCGGACACGUCAUGGUCUGGACGGUUGCGGCUGCGGCGAAUCAAGUGGAAUAUCUGAAGAGUCAAGGGUGGGAGACGGGGAUGCGGGAACAGGUCGUGGAGAGAUGCAUGGGUGCUGCGAGGGAUGUGAUGGUCUUCGCGGGGCUGAUACGGUUCAAGUUGCCGGGCCGGGUGUGGGAGUUGUUGGCGAAUGCAGGAAGGGAUUUGGGUGUGUAUUGA